UCUCUCUAGAAUUCUCCAAAUUCAAGGCUCUGUUCUACAUAAGAAGAUAGGAAAUCGCUGAAUUUUAUGCAUGAGUAAAACUAAUUUCUUCUCUCAUCUUUGAUUUUGAUCUCAAUUUGUUCAGUUUUCAGUUUGCUACACAGCCUCCUACUUGCUAAUCAAGGGUUUAAUUGCUAAUCUGCAAGUUCUAAUUUUUUUUAUUUUUUGGGGGGUUUUAAUUCUGCGUCGGAUUAAAAAUUGGGUUUUUCUGCCCCCAAUCUUCCGAAUCGGUGGCGGCUUUGCUUGUGAUGGUCGAUGUCAAUUUGAUGGAUUCGAAUUUCUCGGAUCUCGAUUUGAACCAGGAACCCGCCGACCCGGUUGCCGGUUCCUUUCUGAAUGGAUUGGCGACGGCGCGUGGGACUAUAGAGGAGAGGAUCCGCCAGCUCGAGGCCGUCACCGCCCGGCAGCGCCACCGGCAGCGGCAGAGGAGCCUCCACCACCAAAACCCUAACCCUAUGGAAAUCGUGGAUGGAAUCAACAACAUGGGCAUAGCAGAGGAUAUUUCUCACAAGGGCAAGGGUUUCAAAAGAGACCGUUCCCAUUUAGUAGCCACAGCUCUCGAAUCGAAUUCCGCGAUCAAAGAAGACGAUCCCGCCAAAACCGGAAGCUUCUACGAUUGCAACAUAUGCUUGGAUAUGGCGAAGGACCCCGUCUUAACUUGCUGUGGUCACUUAUUCUGUUGGGCGUGUUUUUACCAGGUUUCGAACAUCGAUUCGACCACCAAAGAAUGCCCCGUUUGUAAAGGAGAGGUGUCGAACAGCACAACAGUUCCUAUUUACGGAAAUGGAGGCGGUCACGAACGCGUGUCGAUGACAGAAUCUGGAUUGAUGAUACCGCCGAGGCUUAAAGCUCCGAGAAUUGAGAGUGUUCGGCAACAGCAGAGAGCGAACAACAAUGGUGGUGCAGUGAGCCCGCCGAAUAUUCCUGUUUUAGAAGCGCUUAGGCGAUUGAGGAGUAGUGGUGGUGCGGUGAGCCAUCAGACACGAGAAAGAGAGGCUGCUUCUCUUUCGUCGUUUUCGUCUGCUUUGAGUAAUACGGAGAGGCUCGUUGAAGACCUCCAAACUGUGAUCAACAACCAGUUCUCGAUAAACGAUGCGCAUGCGCAGGCUUCUUCUUCGUCUUCUUCGGUUAAUGUAGAGUCGCAUGUGCCUCCUUAUUUUCUCCGAAGCAGGAGCAUGGUGGCGAGGACUUCAGAUGUGAACAAUCGAGAUACACGCGAAACGAGGAGGAGGAGAUUGAACUGAACUGAACUGAUGCUUUGGAAGCUGGCAUCAUCAGUAAUGUGGUUUAAGGUGUUAUAUAGCACAUACUAUUCGAUAAAUGCACCAUCACCCUUAGCGGAGUUGACGGCAGUACAAGAAAGGGGUUACAGUUGACGGCAGUACAAGAAAGGGGUUACAGUUAAUGUCAUGCGAAUUUAUGUUACUAUGAUUUACCGAUUUACCCCCAAACGGGCUUCGGUUAGCCUUGGAUGAGGAUGUAAUUUGGUUUAUGUUUCUACUACUGACGAAAAAGAAACUAAUUGCCCGUGACCCUUGAAUUACGGAAUUACCCCUCCCCAUAGAAUUACGGAAUUACCCCUUCCCCCAAUAUGUUACAUCAAAAUCACAAGAUUCCGGUAAGAGUAAAGCCUCCAUUGCAAAAAGACUCGGGAGGUCCGGU